CCUUUCAUACCGAACCCGAACUUAUUUACAACGAACAGCAUGGCGGCAAAUGAGAAAUCGUUAAAUAGUAGAAAAGAAUCAUUAAUAUUAGAACUCUAUAAAGUACAGGCUGUGAAGUUUGGAAAUUUUAAGUUGAAAAGUGGCAUUGAUUCUCCAGUAUAUUUUGAUUUGCGUGUCAUUGUGUCAUAUCCCUCUCUUUUGAAUGAAGUAUCGGAAUUGACGUGGGAGGUGGCUAAAUCAGCUGACUGUCGUUUUGACUCUGUCUGCGGCGUUCCGUACACAGCACUUCCAGUAGCAACAUGCUUCUCUGUUCACCACAAGGUGCCGAUGUUAAUUCGCAGAAAAGAGGCAAAAGAUUAUGGUACAAAGAAGAUGGUGGAGGGUCACUACAGGGAGGGAGAGAGCUGUCUGAUCGUGGAGGACGUGGUAACUAGUGGUGGCUCUGUCAUGGAAACCGUUCAGACCCUUCAGUCAAUAUCAGUAAGAGUUACUGAUGCUGUAGUUCUACUGGACAGGGAACAAGGUGGACAAAGAGCUCUGAAGAAAAAAGGCAUAACACUUCAUAGUGUUUGCACUUUGACAACAGUACUAGAAGUGUUGGAAUCUCACGGAAAGUUAGAUAAAAACAUCGUAGAGAGGACCAGAAGAUUUAUCAAGGAGAACAGAUUCGAUGGUGAAACUCCGACAAAUGGCUCAGAGAAAAUUGUACCAGAUCCAAACAAGAAAACAAAAUUUACA